AUGCGUGUGCUCGAAACUAACGAGUCGUCGGAACUGUGGAUGGUGAUGAGGUCGGGGUCAAAAAGUCGGGAUGAAAUGGUUCCGAAUUUGGCAGGCCUAAUAAGGCAAACAACAGUGGAACAAGAAGUAACGGUUUGGGUGGUAUACACGAUUAGACAUCUCUACGGAGAGUCGCUUUGGCCGAAGGAAUUUUCAGGACACGGUCACGACCGUCUCCUUCAAAGAGAAUCAAAUUUAUGGGUGCGUGAUGAGAAUGGAAAGUAUCGAGGUUUGCCCAAUAAGGCCAGCAACCUGCUGUGUCGCGCCCUACGGGGGCUCUAUAAAUCAUCAGACGGGCGUGAGCCAGGAAAAGAGCAGACUGCGUAUCUCUAUCAACAACAACAGCAAGUAGCACAACAGCAGGCGGCGCAAGCACAAGCAGCUCAAGCCGCUGCCCACGGUAUGCACCCGCAACACCACCUUCAGCACAGUGGCGCUGCACCAAUGACAGGCGUGAUGCCCGCCCCGUCUGGAACACAGCACGGGUACAUGCAACCUAACCCAUACAUGAACAUGCCUUAUCAAAAGCGCUAG